AUGCCAUAACGCUUUUUUAGAAAGCUAUUUGAAUAUUUUUUCACUUUGGCUAUUGGUGUAGAACACAGGAUGGCUAAGGAUUGGUUUCAAAGGCAGGCGAAUUUUACUUCUGCUUUGUAAAUGAACUUCGUGCGUCAGCUGCAACGCACACCAGACAAGCGUCGUCUUUCCAUGCACCCUAGCCAGUGGAUCUCUGUGAAGCUUGGGAAGACUAACGUGUUCUAUUCACAAGCAGGUAUGGACCUAAGUAAUUCUCAGGAACAGCCCAUGGCUGCAGAAGGACAGGAGGCUUUGACAGACUGCAGUCUGAACAAAUCCCAGGAAAUGGAAAGUAUGGAAAAUGUAGAAGAUAUGAAGGAACACAAUCGGUCUAAUGAAGAAGCAGGAGAUGAUGUGGUUAAAGUGAAAGGUGAAUACAGUGAAAGAGAGGAGAGUGCUUUAAAUUCAGAGCCUAUGGAAAACCCAGAAGAAUCUGAAAUGCCUUACACCUAUCCCAGAGAAUAUAAUGAAUAUGAAAGCAUUAAACUGGAAAGACAUUCUGGUUCAUAUGACAACGUCAGGCCAGCUAGUGGAAAAAUGAAUUGUGAUAUCUGUGGAUUAGCCUGCAUUAGCCUCAAUGUCUUGAUGGUUCAUAAGCGUAGCCACACUGGUGAACGGCCAUUCCAGUGUAAUCAGUGCGGAGCUUCCUUUACUCAGAAGGGUAACCUCCUCCGCCACAUUAAACUACAUACAGGGGAAAAACCUUUUAAAUGUCAUCUUUGCAGUUAUGCCUGCCAAAGGAGGGAUGCGCUAACAGGUCACUUAAGGACACAUUCUGUGGAGAAGCCGUACAAAUGUGAGUUUUGCGGAAGGAGCUACAAGCAAAGGAGCUCGUUAGAGGAGCACAAGGAGCGGUGCCGUACUUACUUGCAGAACGCUGGCAUGUGUGAAGCUGCAAGCGUGGAGGCAAGGCACAUCAAGGCAGAGAUGGGGAGUGAAAGAGCCCUUGUGCUGGACAGGCUAGCAAGCAACGUGGCAAAGCGAAAAAGCUCAAUGCCUCAGAAAUUUAUUGGUGAGAAACGACAUAGUUUUGACGUUAAUUAUAAUUCGAGUUUCAUGUACGAAAAGGAAAGCGACAUCAUGCAAGGACGCAUCAUGGACCAGGCCAUAAACAACGCCAUCACCUACCUCGGGGCCGAAGCCUUGCGCCCUCUCGUGCAGACGCCGCCAGCUCCCACCUCCGAAAUGGUCCCGGUCAUAAGCAGUCUGUACCCCAUACCGCUGACCCGUGCCGACGUGCCCAACGGCAACUCGCAGGACGCGGAGAAGAGCCACCUAAGGGACAAAAGCCUGUCUUCUGACAGAGGCCUUUCCCCAAACAACAGCGGCCAAGACUCCACAGACACUGACAGCAACCACGAGGAGCGGCAGAAUCCCACCUUCCAUCAAAGCCAGAUGAUCCCCACUCAGGCCCGCAAUGGCCUCCAAUCCCUGAAGGAUUUCCCAAGGCCAUAUGACAUCAUCAAGCCACCCGCCAUAUGCCCACGCGAUGCCUUUAAGGUCAUCAACAAGGAAGGGGAAGCCAUCGGGGUCUACCGGUGCGACCAUUGCCGCGUCCUCUUUUUGGAUUAUGUGAUGUUCACUAUCCACAUGGGCUGCCACGGGUUCCGCGACCCCUUCGAGUGCAAUGUCUGUGGGUACAGAAGCCAUGACCGAUACGAAUUUUCCUCACACAUAGCACGAGGAGAGCACAGAGUAGUACUCAAAUAAAAGGACUGGGUUUCCAAGGCCAAAGGCUUGGGUUGAGGUUGGAGAGGAGGCUUGGUGGGU